AUGGCAUUGAGUAAUCGUAUAGCACCCAUAUUAAAAGAAAUUCGACCCGUAUUAUCCGUUAAUCAUGCGGAAGCAAAACGACGUGUAUUAAAUCUGUAUAAAAUAUGGUUAAGGCAAAUACCUUAUAUUCGGGUUGAUUAUAUAUCAAAUAAUUGGACUGAACCAGAAUUACGAAAAAUUUUAAAAGAUAAUUUUUUACAAAAUAAAAAUGUUACAGACAUACGUGUUAUUGAUCGAUUAUUAGUAAAAGGUCAAAUGGAUUUUGUUGAAACAGCAGAAAUUUGGCGUCAAGCACAUAAUGCAGCAUUAUUCGAUCGAUCCAUGGAUACAUAUAAAAUAAAACCAAAACAUUUCUUAGAACGAUUUUACGAAGGUCAUCAUUAA